AUGGCUUAUAAGAUGGACGCAGUGGUUCUGAAAAGCCAGCCUUUGCAGCAAGUGAGGCAGCCGAUGAAGGAGAUCAAUGUCAAACAGGAGCUAUCGGCAGUGAAUGUCGAGAUCCAGGGUUUGGAGCAAGACCUCGCGUGGCUCCGCUCCAAGCAAGCUACCUUGCAAGCAGAGUUGGCGCAGGAGGAUCCUUCGAAGGAGGGCCCGCAUCAUCCUGAGCAGGGUGACGCAGAGGCCCCGGCUGAGGCUCCGAAGACAGGCAAAUUUGAGACACCUGAGAAGCAUGCUGCCAGAUCUUCGACUGAGCCUGAGGAUGCGCUGUGCCAGAAGCGUGCAAAGCUGGGAUCUGACCAGUGAGUGUGGCACGAGACUCUCUCAUGAGACCUUUUUUGGCGUUUUUUGAGCGGUGAGCAAGACGCCGCAUUGAGGGGAGAAAAAUGUUCAGGUGGCCUGUUUCGUGGUAGACCGCUGCGCGGUGGCGACGUUUGCAUGUUGUUGCUUCUUUGACCUGGUUUUGCCAGUGGCUUUCUGUGUGCAGAAGAAACAGUCGAGUCUAGGCCUCGAGGCGGGCCUGGAGCCAAAGCGCUUCUAGGGAAGAAGCGCGCAGAGGCGACUGUGUGGCGCAAGCGCUU